AUGGGGCGCCCUCUAGCCGGAAGUGAAUGGGCCCCGAGGGUACUGGGCCCGGAAACACCCUCUCGCGGUCUCCACGCCGGAGGAGACGUGUAGGGGACGGGUUCGGCUCUCGUGAACUCUGACCCGAGCGCCUGGGUUUCUCUUUCCGGAACAACAUGGCGCCAUCCACGCCGCUCCUGACAGUCCGAGGAUCAGAAGGACUGUAUAUGGUGAAUGGACCACCACAUUUUACAGAAAGCACUGUGUUUCAAAGAGAGUCUGGAAAAAACUGCAAAGUCUAUACCUUUAGUAAGGAUGGAACCUUGUUUGCCUGGGGCAAUGGAGAAAAAGUAAAUGUUAUCAGUGUCACUAACAAGGGAUUACUGCACUCCUUCGACCUCCCAAAGGCAGUUUGCUUAGAGUUCUCGCCAAAAAACACUGUCCUGGCAACAUGGCAGCCUUACACGACUGCUAAAGAUGGCACAGCUGGGAUACCCAACCUACAACUCUAUGAAGUGAAAACUGGGACAUGUUUAAAGUCUUUCAUCCAGAAAAAAAUGCAAAAUUGGUGUCCAGCCUGGUCAGAAGAUGAAGCUAUAUGUGCCCGAAAUGUUAACAAUGAAGUUCACUUCUUUGAAAACAACAAUUUUAGCACAAUUGCAAAUAAACUGCAUUUGCAAAAAAUCAGUGAUUUUGUGUUAUCACCUGGACCUCAACCAUACAAGGUGGCUGUUUAUGUUCCAGGAAGUAAAGGUGCACCUUCAUUUGUUAGAUUAUAUCAGUACCCCAACUUUGAUGGACCUCAUGCAGCUUUAGCCAACAAAAGUUUUUUUAAGGCUGAUAAAGUUACAAUGCUAUGGAAUAAAAAAGCUACUGCUGUGCUGGUAAUAGCUAGUACAGAGGUUGACAAGACAGGAGCUUCUUAUUAUGGAGAACAAACACUGCACUACAUUGCAACAAAUGGAGAAAGUGCUGUCGUGCAAUUACCAAAAAAUGGCCCCAUUUAUGAUGUAGUUUGGAAUUCUACUUCUACUGAGUUUUGUGCUGUUUAUGGUUUCAUGCCUGCCAAAGCAACAAUUUUCAACUUGAAAUGUGAUCCUGUGUUUGACUUUGGAACUGGUCCUCGUAAUGCAGCCUACUAUAGCCCUCAUGGACACAUAUUAGUACUAGCUGGAUUUGGGAAUCUGAGGGGACAAAUGGAAGUAUGGGAUGUUAAAAACUACAAACUUAUUUCUAAACCAGUGGCCUCUGAUUCUACAUAUUUUGCUUGGUGCCCAGAUGGCGAGCAUAUUUUGACAGCCACAUGUGCUCCCAGAUUACGUGUUAAUAAUGGGUACAAGAUUUGGCAUUAUACUGGCUCUGUCUUACACAAGUAUGAUGUGCCUUCAAAUGCAGAAUUAUGGCAGGUUUCUUGGCAGCCAUUUUUAGAUGGAAUAUUUCCAGCAAAAACAAUAACCUACCAACCAGUUCCAAGUGAUGUAACUAGUGAAGAACCUAAAGUUGCAACAGCAUAUAGACCCCCAGCUUUAAGGAAUAAACCAAUCACCAAUUCUAAACUGCACGAGGAGGAACCACCUCAAAACAUGAAACCGCAACCAGGGAAAGAUAAGCCGUUAUCAAAAACAGCCCUUAAAAAUCAAAGGAAGCAUGAGGCAAAGAAAGCUGCAAAGCAGGAAGCAAGAAGUGACAAGAGUCCAGAUUUGGCACAUACUCCUAUCCCACAGAACACAGCACGAAAUACUGUCUCUCAGUCAACUUCUGGAGAUCCUGAUAUAGACAAAAAAAUAAAAAAUCUAAAGAAGAAACUGAAAGCAAUUGAGCAACUGAAAGAACAAGCAGCAACAGGAAAACAGCUAGAAAAAAAUCAGUUGGAGAAAAUUCAGAAGGAAAAAGCCCUUCUCCAGGAGCUGGAAGAUUUGGAAUUGGGUAUUUAAAGAUUCACAAACAGCAAGUUGGUUACCAGAAAUCAGUGCAAACACAUUUUCUGUUAAACCCAUGGGUGUACCUGGAAUAUCCAUGUGUCCACAGUUAAUGUUUAUCUGUAAUUAUAACCCUUUAUCCAAGAUUCUACAGAGUGUGACAUUAUUUAAUAAUGCCUAUUAAAUUGAUUUUUUCCAUCCUGUAUCUUGAAUUAAUGUCUACACAUGGUAUAAUAAAGAAACAUGGAUUUUUUAGUUAAACUUGAUAUAUUAAAAGUCAAAUGUUUUUAGUAGGGGACAGAAUUUACCAUAUAAAUAAAUAAAGGCAUUUUAAAUUUAA